AUGGAGGUCGAUCUCAUCAUUGAGAAUGCCACAGUGGUCACGGCAUCUGAUGUCCACGCACGGCAAGAUAUUGUGGUCCGCGACGGCAAAAUCCUAGCCGUAGGCCAGAACCUCAAAUCUCUUUUUUCAGCCAAGACAGUGAUUGAUGCUCAACAUGGCUUCGUCAUGCCGGGCGGCGUGGAUUCCCAUGUACACCUUGACCAGGACAACUCUCCAACAGGAGACAACUUUGAGACCGGCACUCGAUCAGCAAUUGCGGGUGGCACCACAACUAUCAUCGCAUUCGCUACCCAGGAACGCACCCACCAGUCUCUUCACCCAGUCGUAGAGGACUACCACUCACGCUCCAGGGGAAAGUCAUACUGCGACUACGGCAUCCACAUCAUCCUCACAAACCCAACCCCAACUAUCCUCCGCGAUGAGCUUCCAUUCUUUGUUAGCGAGGGCAUAACCUCUGUGAAGCUCUACAUGACCUACGAACCCCUGCAACUGAAAGACGGCGAAAUCUUAGACGUCAUGAUGGCCACCAGGAACCUGGGCAUGACAACCAUGGUCCACGCCGAAAACAGCGACAUGAUAACCUGGAUCACGGCCCGGCUUGCAGAGCAGAAACUCACGGCGCCAUACUACCACGCCAUCAGCCGGCCCAAUAUCGCUGAGGAUGAGGCGACGUACCGCAUCAUCGCCCUCGCCGAGCUCUCUGAUAUCCCCAUCCUCAUCGUCCACAUGUCUUCCAAGACCUCCACCGCGCACGUCAGGAGUGCGCAGACGCGGCUUCUGCCCAUUCACGCAGAGACGUGCCCCCAUUACCUCUAUCUCACAGCCGACGCCCUGAAGCCGUCUCAUCCGGCUACUGAUGGCUUCUCCGGCGCCAAGCACAUUUGCAGUCCGCCGCUACGUGAGGACCGCAUGGACUUGGAUGCCAUGUGGGCCGGUAUCGCCAACGGGACAUUUACGACGUUCAGUUCGGACCACGCGCCGAGUAAAUACGACCAUCCUGAAGGCAAGAAGGCGGGCCUGGGCAAGGAAGAUGGUUCCAUGCGGUAUGACCAGGUCCCGAAUGGGCUUCCCGGUAUUGAGACGCGAAUGCCCUUGCUGUUUGAGGGCGGUGUGCUGUCGGGUAGAGUGACGCCGCAAAAGUUUGUUGAGGUCACGGCGACGAACCCCGCAAAGCUCUAUGGGUUGGGAGAGACCAAGGGUGCGAUCGCCGCCGGGUAUGAUGCUGACUUUGUCGUUUGGUACCCUACGGCUGAGCAGGUUACUGCCAACGGCGGGACGGGCUCUGCAAAGAUAGAGCCGUUCGUCUUGGAGAAUUCGAUGUUACAUCAUGAUAUCGACUACUCUCCUUUCGAGGGGAUGAAGUUUCACAACUGGCCGCGCUUCACCAUCCUGCGAGGCAAGGUGAUUUGGGACCGCGAUGGCAGCGGUAUCGUUAGCGAUAUGGGAUACGGGAACUUCUUGCGACGCGGUAAGAGCACGUUGAGCAAGCCGAGGAAUCAGUGGGUGAAUGAGUUUCAGCCAUUGCCGAUGAAAUGA